AUGGGGGGUGCGCCAUCGCUCAUCCUUCCCAACCUUUGGCUGGGAGGCCAGGAUGUCCUGGACAGCCCAGAGUUCUUCGUGAAGAACAACAUUACAUGUGUCCUGUCCUUGGGCCCCGCGGUGAGCAUAUCAAUUUGCCUGACGUUAUAA